AAUUAGAAAGUUCACAAAAACAAAUUAAAGAAAUUUGUGUUAAUUCUGUUAUUCGAUUAGAAAAAAAAAUCAAAGAAAAAGAUAAAAUUAUUGAAGAACAGACUAAAAAAUUAAAUUAUCAUGCAGAUUUUUUUGGUCCAAGUUUUGCAGUUGCUGAAAUGUAUUACAAAUAUCAGAAAGAAUAUGAAAAUAUAUUUGAAAUAGUUAAUAAUUUUACAGAUGAAGUUUAUUUACUUAAUUCACUAGAUAAUAGUCUGAAUAUAUUUAAUACUAAUUUGAUUAAAUAUGAUGAAAAACCAA